AUGCUGCUGCUCCGUGUUUCACUAGUUUCAGGCUUUAUUUCAAAGAUAGAUCUCGCAGUUCUUGACCACUGCUGCGCUUACAACGAAACCGGAAGUUGUUAGCAGUGAGUCAUCUCGACUCGGUAGUUAUGACACACAGCAGCAGCAGCAGCUCUUUCCAGAAGUUUCUACGAUCGGGUUUCAGCUCGGCGGCGUCAGACGGCCACUCCAGUCGGAGCCGGUCUUCGUGUGCCGUGCAGUUGACGUUAAAUUACAGUUUCCUCCCUCCGCCCGGACAGUAGGACGCGGUCACACGGACCGCGACACGCCAGGCAAGCUAACCUUGACCGUUAGCCAGCCAGCUACCGUGAACCCGCGGACUGACCCACUGGACGUGCGGGCUGAGAUGCUGUUGGCACCGAGCAGGAACUGAACCGUCCGGCGGCCCGACAAUGUCUGUAUGAAGUGGCGGAAGCGAGGUUGUUGCCAUGGGGAAAGAUUACUACAAAGUGCUAGGAAUAGCCAAAGGUGCCACCGAAGAGGAGAUAAAAAAGGCGUACAGAAAACAGGCCUUGCGCUUUCAUCCCGACAAGAACAAGUCACCCGGAGCCGAAGAUAAAUUCAAAGAGAUCGCUGAAGCCUACGAUGUCCUCAGCGAUGUCAAGAAGAAGGACAUUUAUGAUCGCUUUGGGGAAGAAGGAUUGAAGGGCUCAGCCGGUGGUGGCGGUGGCGGUGGCGGUGGCCGUGGCGGUGGAGGACACAGUGGUCAAAGCUACAACUACACCUUCCAUGGAGACCCUCAUGCAAUGUUCGCGGAGUUCUUUGGUGGCCGCAGCCCUUUCGAUCAUUUCUUUGCACAAAAUGGGGAGGAGAACAUGAACAUCAAUGACCCCUUUGCGCCAUUUGGCAUGGGAAGAAUGGGUGGCAUGGGUGGCAUGGGCGGCGGCAUGGGCGGGUUUCAAAGGUCCUUUAAAUCCCACCCAGGAGUUCCUCACAGAGCGCACGAGCGGAAGAAGGACCCGCCUGUGAUGCACGAACUGAAGGUGAGCCUGGAGGAGGUUUUCUCCGGCUGCACCAAAAAGAUGAAGAUUUCCCGCAAGAGACUGAACCCGGACGGCUGCACAAUGCGGAACGAAGACAAGAUUUUAACGGUCGACAUCAAGCGCGGCUGGAAGGAGGGGACGAAAAUCACCUUUCCCAAGGAGGGAGAUGAAACUCCCAGCAACAUUCCUGCAGACGUGGUGUUUGUAGUUAAAGAUAAACCCCACCCGGUGUUCAGAAGAGAAGGCUCGGAUAUAAUCUAUCCCGCUAAGAUAUCACUCAGAGAAGCGUUGUGUGGAUGCACCGUCAACGCCCCGACAUUGGACGGCCGCACCAUCACCGUGACCUCCAGAGACGUUGUCAAGCCUGGAAUGAAAAAGCGAAUUUCUGGAGAAGGGCUCCCGAUUUCCAAGUGCCCCGAGAAGAGGGGCGACAUGAUCCUGGACUUCACAGUGAAGUUUCCUGACAGACUGGGCCAAAGCACACGAGAUGCACUCAAGCAGAUCCUUCCACCGUGACUUGACAUGAUAAGUGUGCCUCAAACAUCUAAGAGUUGAAGGAGCAGUGUGUAGCAUUUCGGGGGAUCUACUGGCAGAAAGUAUGCUUUCUUUAGGGCGUAAACAUGGACGGCCCUAGACGGGGACAUUCAUGUUCUUGUCAGAAGUUUCAAUUGGUUGCAACCUCGCCGCUAGAUGCCGCCAAAUCCUUCACACUCUACCUAAACACACUUCCAGCAACACACUCUUCUGGUGGAUUGAGGCUCAGAGCAGAUUUGGUUCCACUUGCGUUUAGUUUGACCUUCUGAACACCAGAUCGGGUUUCUUACCCAACAUCUAGUCUGUUGGAUGACAUUUAGACUCUGAAACUGAUGGAGUAUCGGUGUAACCGUCUGCUAAAAUAUCAGAUUGAAGGUGUAAAAGUAGAUGGUGUAAUGUUUGUAGUGUGUGUUUAUAGAGAUAAGGACACAAGGUGUCAUGUGAUGGUUCAGCUGCAAGCAAGAGGGAGAACCAGAGUAUUUUUAGGUUCACUUUGAAAUGUAAUAUAGUAACUGGGGAUUUGUUUUCGCAGCAGCAGUUUUUGAGAGUGCUUAAAGGGAGCAAACAGCCAGCUAAUUAACAAAACCUCAGGGGAAGUGACGCAUGCUUGAAUGUAGUUUUAACUACGUCACGGGACGUGAUUAUGCUUUCUUCUACAGUGUUGAGAGGUGCAAACAUUGGAUCUGACUUCAUGAAGCGGAUCGUUGUCAGCCAGAUGUUUCUGAUCAACUUUAAAUAUACUUUCCUUGUCAAUUCAGCGCUUCGGUUAUCGACCCCACUCAUCGUCACGGCUAUCUGACCGUUUGUAGGGCCAAAGUUUCAUAAAGUAACUCGAAGAAUAUCAUUACAAUAUGCACACUCCUACAAACGACUCCAGUUAUAAUUCAGAGUUAUUGAGUUACAAUUAUUGUAAGAAUGAUUCCUGUGAGUUCCAGAAAGUUAGUUUAGGAAAAGAGGACUGAUUAGUACUUUGUGUCAUCAGAUUUCUGAGUUCAUGUAUAGAAUUGCUUGAGGGAGAGAACCACGUAAGAGUGGUUAACACCUGGUGUUUAAGAUGACAUCAUAGCACACCUUGCAACAAGUUUACUUUUACAAAACCUUUUCAUCCAGGAGUACACAGCCUAUUAUGUAAAAAUAACUGUCGGGAGACUUUUUGUGCCAAAUAAUUGUCCCUAUAAAAUAAUAUAUAUGCGUGUAUGUUGAGAGCAUGGACGUAUCCUGUUAUGUGCGUCUUACAAACUACCAAAAGCUAUUUACUGCAUUCGGACCCGUUGAGGGUGCUUAAUGUACGAUUAGUGUAAUAUUCCCUAUUACUAUGUUGGUUUGACUGCUUAAAGCCAGUAAUUUUUUUUGCUCAACAUGGUAUAUUGCAAUAUUGCAUAUACUGAGAUGUAAAAAGGUCUGAAGGCCGACAGACAGGAUUUAUUUUAGUUUCUUUUGUCAUCGAGCUCUUACCCGACACAAUGCUCCCUGAGAUGUACAGCAUCUGGAAAUGUGUAGUUCCACAGUAAAGUAAAGGAAUCCUAAAAAAUAUAUUUAACUCUUAUUUAGCUUUGUGCACCUUUUGACCAUCGAGAUGAGAUAUCGCUUCAGUCACUUAGUUCAUUUUCACUUUUUAAGUGUUUUAGGUUUUCUCCUGCUGGAGUUUUAAUUUUCUAACGUGUGAUUUAACAUGAAAUGUAGAGAUGUGUAAUCUCUGUAAUGUGUAACAUGUUUUGGUUUAAAAAAAAAAAAGAAGAAAUUUCUUUGUGCAAACGUUUUCCUUUUUAAGGAAAAGGGAGCAAGUAUUAUCUUGUUUCACCGGUUUGUUGUUUUGAAAUGCCUCAGGUUAGGAUUCAAGAUAUUUUGAUUUUUAAAAACAAAGCUUUUAUGAAUUGAUAUGACAUUUUUAAUAGAUUCUUCCUAUGCUGUGAUGAUUUGCAUUUCCACAUUAAAGAGACUGGCAAAAUCUA